AUGGCACUGCCUGUGUGUGCAGCCCGGGCGCUCGGGCCGCCGUUGCAACCGGAGCGAGGAGCGCCCGCCCGCACCACCUGUCCCCGCCGGCAUUCCAGAGUAGAGGCCGAAUUGGCAGCAAGCCGGCCCGGAUCAGCCGCCGCCUCAGUCCGCGCGGGCCCUCCUAGGGGUGUGUCUCGCGGAUUCAACUCCCAGGCGCUCCUGGACGAGCCCCCAAAGGCAUCUUCCUCGCUGGCGGGAGCCGCGCGCGCCCCUCUCUUCGCGCUGCUGCCCCGAGGCCGCCGCAGGCGGAUGCACGACCUCAGGAGACGCUGGGACCUGGGCUCCCUCUGCCGGGCCCUGCUCACCCGGGGCCUGGCCGCCCUGGGCCACUCGCUGAAGCACGUGCUCGGCGCAAUCUUCUCCAAGAUUUUCGGCCCCCUAGCCAGCAUCCAGAACAUGGAUAAGAAAUCCAACAAGCUGCUGCUGGCUUUGGUGAUGCUCUUCCUCUUUGCGGUGAUCCUCCUCCAAAACGUGUGCCCCGGCACAGAAUGCCAGCUCCUCCGCCUGCAGGCGUUCAGCUCCCCGAUGCCGGACCCGUACCGCUCGGAGGAUGAGAGCUCCGCCAGGUUCGUGCCCCGUUACAAUUUCAGCCGCGGCGACCUCCUGCGCAAGGUAGACUUCGACAUCAAGGGCGAUGACCUGAUCGUGUUCCUGCACAUCCAGAAGACCGGAGGCACCACUUUCGGCCGCCACCUGGUGCGCAACAUCCAGCUGGAGCAGCCGUGCGAAUGCCGCGUGGGUCAGAAGAAAUGCACUUGCCACCGGCCGGGUAAGCGGGAGACCUGGCUCUUCUCCAGGUUCUCCACAGGCUGGAGCUGUGGACUGCAUGCCAACUGGACCAAGCUCACCAGCUGCGUGCCGGCCGUAGUGGACGGCAAGCGCGACGCCCGGCUGAGACCAUCCAGGAACUUCCAUUACAUCACCAUCCUGCGCGACCCAGUGUCCCGGUACCUGAGUGAGUGGAGGCACGUCCAGAGGGGGGCCACGUGGAAAGCGUCUCUGCAUGUGUGCGAUGGAAGGCCCCCGACCUCCGAAGAGCUGCCCAGCUGCUACACUGGAGAUGACUGGUCGGGCUGCCCCCUGAAAGAAUUCAUGGACUGUCCCUACAACCUCGCCAACAACCGCCAGGUGCGCAUGCUCUCCGACCUGACCCUCGUCGGCUGCUACAACCUCUCGGUCAUGCCCGAGAAGCAGAGGAACAAGGUCCUGCUGGAAAGCGCCAAGUCCAACCUGAAGCACAUGGCCUUCUUCGGCCUGACCGAGUUUCAGCGGAAGACCCAGUAUCUGUUUGAGAAAACCUUCAACAUGAACUUCAUCUCGCCCUUUACCCAGUACAACACCACGCGGGCCUCGAGCGUGGAGAUCAACGAGGACCUCCAGAAGCGUAUCGAGGGGCUGAAUUUUCUGGACAUGGAGUUGUACAGCUAUGCGAAAGAUCUCUUUUUGCAGAGGUAUCAGUUUAUGAGGCAGAAGGAGCAUCAGGAAGCUAGACGGAAGCGGCAGGAACAACGUAAAUUUCUCAAGGGAAGGUUCCUUCAGACCCAUUUCCAGAGCCAGAGUCAGGGCCAGCGUCAGAAUCCGAGUCAGAACCCCACCCCGAAUGCCAAUCAGAAUGGGACUCCGAAUCUGAUUCCGAAUCUGAUUCCGAAUCUGACUCAGAGUUCGGGUCAGAAUUUGAGCCGGAAGGAGAACCGGGAAAGCCGGAAGCAGAACGCAGGCCAAGAGCAGGGUGAGGACAACACCAGCAAUGGCACCAAUGACUACAUAGGCAGUGUAGAGAAGUGGCGUUAAGUGGCCCCCCCAAAGGCUUUUGCACACUGCUCCCCAAGCGCCAGCCAGAAUGUGGCAAAUCGUCAAACAUGAGCGUGUCCAAACACAUCCUGCUUCCUUAGGUUUGGAAGUGAAAAAAAAAGUUAAGAUGUUGCCUUUACAGUUGCCUUUCAAUUGAAUGUUCUACUGUGCGUGGGUAAAACAAAUUUCACUAUGUAAUUAAAUGGUCUUGGGGGGAGGGGGUUGCUGGAGUAUUUAGAAAAUCCCAAAGCCAAACCAGACUCACCAGAAAUUGCUGUUUAGAUAUUUUAAGAAGUUCUUAAAUUAGUCAUAGAGACAAAAUGAAAACACAAAAAGUGGCCAUCUAACUUAUGGCCAAGAAGUGGACUUUAUUUAGGAUACACUGUUAAAAUCCGGUCUUGGAAGCAAAGAUUUUUUUUCUAGGGGUAAGCAUGAAUGUAACAUAAAAGAAACUCAGAUUAAAACACGAAAUUCCUCGUUGUCUUCUGAUUUUAACGAGGAAUCUAUUUAAAUAGAAUAAGAACUGAUGGUAGGUUUUUACCAAACCAUGGCAAAUGAAAAACAUCUCUCCAAACGUGGGUAGUUUUAUGUAAAAAUAUUGGCUUUCCAAUACAACAGGACUCAUAUCUUGUUAUUUAAGAGAUAUUUAAAAUUUUAAACUUUUUCUACCUUCUACUCUUUAAAGGUUUUAAACAGGGUGUCUCUCAUAUUAAACAAAACACUUUUUCCUCCAGUUGGACGGAGGACCAAUGUAAAGAAAGAUCUAAUUUCCAGACGAUUUCUGGGCACUGUAAUCUCAACAUUUCUGGAAUCUUUUUGGCGCUGCUUAUCAUUCAUUUUAAAGCUUCUCCGAGUUGUGCUCAUUCCAAACUAACCUGUUUUUAGAAUCUUUCUUCAUCAUCUAAAUGGUGUGUUGCUGAAUUUAUUGUGAUAUACAAUCCUGGCUUCAAGUCAGGACUUUCUAUAGAAUUGUCUUAUCACUGUUUGUGUAGUGAGGUCUUUAUCAAGAAACCCUUGAACAGGAUAAUAACGUGUCUAAAAAUCUUGCUGAAGUUAUUCUUGAUCAGUUAGAAUUGAACCUGAAUGUGAAUGAAUUGUUAUUUCCUUUGUGUACAUUUUUAUUGUACCGUUUCCAGUUGGGCUGGCACUUUCUAGCCCGAUAGUUCUUUUUUGUGUCGACAGAGUGUAAACAAUUACAAGAGAAAAAAAAAAAUGGGGGGUGGAAUAAGCCUUAGGCUAGCCAGAGUGAUUCAGUACCACUCAAAGCUGUACCCCGGUACUUUGGGUGAACCAUGUAUCAGGUUUUGAGAAAGAACAAAAGGAAAGAGGGUCCUGCAGUGAAGUUAAGCAUCAUUGGAAGCAUAUGGGUUAAAGAAAGUGAUUUGUUAUUGAAAGCCUGUGCGGCAGUUCUUUUAGGGUAUCAAUUGUGAAUUCUGCGGGGCAAAAGAUGGAAUGUAACCCACUGUGCUAGCAAGCAUCCUGAUUCUGGGCAGUCUCCAUUUUAUGGGUUUUGCUCUCCUUUCUUAAGGAUUUAACAGUAAGCCCUGGCUGUCAAUCAAAUAAGGCAACUGGAAAUGGCAUUUAUGUUUUCACGAGGGACAGGCUUAGAAGUGUGACCGUAAAGUCCCAUCUUGUACAAUCUGCUCAUUUGCAUGAUCUAGUUUCCUCUGUAGUAAUAACGCCACAAGCUGGAUAAGAAGCUGAGCAUUUGGGUGAAAAAAAUAAAUGUUCUUGACUCUGUGCUUGUAUCAAAAGUCUAAAUUUUGUCUAAUGGUAUCUGCAGUCCUGAGACUCUGAGAACUGGAAAACUGAAGGGAAAAAAAAAUUGUUUUUAAUCCCAAACACCUUGAAAUCAGAGUGAAACUAUUUUGUGUACUUUGUGUUUUUAAAAUAAUGAUUCUGUAGAUCACUGUGGUAUUUCGAUUUUGUUUAGUUUUAAUUGAUAAUGUUUGCUCUUAAAACUGUUGGAAAGCAGGAUGAAGCCCGAGCCAGUGGAAAAGCUUGUUACAGAAAAAAUAUCGUGUGUUAUUUGCUGUGGUGUGCAUGGUUUGCAGAGAUUAAGUGCAUUUUCUCUGUCUAUACUGAUUUAUUGUAUAUAGGGGAUAUUAUAAAUAUACAUUUUGAUCAUCCUGUAAAUCCCAUGAUUUCAACUGUAAACAUCUGUCCAAUGGUGUAGCUUUA